AUGGCUAUGUUAGGUAUGAUCCCAUUUAAGCGGAACCCAGGGUUCGUUGAUCGUGAGCCGAUCCUGAGCCAGCUUAAGGAUACGAUUGUGCCCAUUGGCACAGGCCCUCGGGUUGCACUCUUCGGCCUAGGAGGUGUAGGGAAAUCUCAAAUUGCUAUAGAAUUUGCUCACCAAAUCUGGACAAAAUCCAGACCAUCGGUGUUCUGGAUCAGCGCGAGUAGCAUUGAUCGCUUUCGCGAAGGUUAUAAUGCGAUCUUUGAUGAGCAUGUUUCGUCGGACCCAGACACUAAAUGUGAUAAGCUUAUAUGUGUCAAAGAAUGGCUUGAGAAGGAGCACAAUGAUUGGAUAUUGAUCAUUGAUAAUGCUGACGAAACAUGCCUUUUCGAACCAAGCAAGAAGGGAAAGCAAGCUGAAGCGAAUCAAUCAAUCCUAGAGUUCCUCCCCGAAAGCAAACAUGGAGCUAUUCUCGUCACAACACGGAACAGAGCAGCUGGCGUUAAGUUCACCAAGGGUGUAGCGAACGCCGUUAUAGAAGUCAAGCCUAUGUCCAGCGAGGAGUCAAAGAACCUUAUCAAGAACAAUGUGACAGACCACGUUCUUGAAGAGUGUGAAAUGGAUGGACUCGCUGACUUGCUAGGUCACCUACCACUGGCCAUGGUCCAAGCUGCUGCCUUCAUGCAAGAAAACUCAAUGAGCAUCAGCGAAUAUAUAGAACUAUACAACGACAGUGAGGAGACAAGCAUGGAUCUCCUUUGCGAGCCAUUCGAGACCCUAGGACGGGACACCGGAGUUCAAAACGCGGUUGCAACAACAUUGAUAGUCUCGAUCGAUCAAAUCAAGGAAAGGGACCCCAAAGCCAUCGAAAUACUUAGCCUCAUCGCGUUCCUUGACCGAAAUGACGUUCCCAAACGUCUCAUCCAGCACAGGAUAAAGCGUCCUUUGGAGUUGACCAAAGCCCUCGGAAUACUGAAAGCCUUCUCCCUAAUUGUGGCAACAGACGGAAAAGGAAACUUCUCUUUCCAUCGACUGGUGCAAUUAGUAUUGCGGAAAUGGUUGGUACUUGAUGAGAAGUAUGAAGAGAAAUCAAUACAGGCCAUGGAACUGCUCGACGGGGCGUACCCCGAUGCCACGUUUGAGAACUGGGGUACUUGUGCAACCUAUCUUCCACAUGCCCAGUCAGUUCUAUCAAUUAUCCCAGAAGUCAAAGGUGAAGUCCGAAGAAAGCGAAUCCACCUUCAGGAAGGGAUAGCCUAUUACCUCUGGUCGCAAGGAUACUACCAAGAAUCCGAAAAACUAGAUGUACUGAUUGUUGAGGAGAAAAAGCGGGAGUUCGGCCCUGAGCAUCCCGAAACGUUAGAAAGCAUUACUAGUCUAGCUGCAUCUUAUUACGAUCAAGCAAGAUGGGCUGAAGCUGAGGAGUUGGAUUCGUUCGUUCUUGAAGUUAGACGGAAAACCCUGGGCUCGCGCGAUUGUCUCACGCUCAACACUAUGGCAAACCUGGCAACGACAUACAUGUCUCAGGACAGGCCAGAAGAGGCUGAAAAGCUUAGGGUGGAGGUAUAUGAAACCUCAAAGUCAGAGUUCGGAGAAGACGACGAGGACACAAUCACUGCGAUGGCAAGCUUGGGGAGUUUGUAUCACGACCAAGGAAAAGUCGUGGAGGCGGCUGGUUUGAUACAGCGUGCCCUAGCGUGGAGAAAUAAGGUUCACGGCCAUGACCAUAAGGACUCCUUAGUCUGCGCGAGCACUCUUGCAAAGAUAUACCAAGCCCAGGGUAAACUACAAGAAGCCGAAGAUCUCGCUGUCCAGACCCUGACUGUGUCGAAAGCUGUGCUGGGCCCGCAACACCCAGAAACUUGGGCUCGGAAGACAAUGACCGCUAACAUUUACUUGGAACGAGUGAAAUUGGACAUGGCCGAAUCGCUAUACUUGGAAAUACUGGAGGAAAAAGAGGGCGGAAAUGCCUCCCCUCACAGUAUCUUCGAGUCAAAAUUGCGCCUUGCCGAUGUCUAUCGAGCCAAAGAUGACGCAAAACGAGUAGAAGAGCUGGAAAGCGAAGCAUUGAAUGGAAGCAUUGAAGCGCUAGGGCCUGACCAUCCAUUCACCCUGAAUUGCCUCUAUUUCCUAGCCGUCACUUACAAGCAACACGGAAACGACACCGAAGCGAUCAGGCUGAUGACCUAUACAACUCACAAGGAGGAAAAGCUCUUAGGUCCCUAUCAUGAUAGCACAUUAAAGUCCUUCCAUAUGCUAAGAGAGUGGUGUGGUGAUGAUGCAGCUAUACAGAGGCUUUUGGAUAUCGAAUCGGAGGGAAACGAGUCAAUUUCUAUUGAAGAUUGGACCAUGGUUGGUGGUCCAGAAAACAUGCAAGCUCUGGCUGUAUCUUGA